CUCUAGCAGCACUAGUGUCGUCCUUGCAUGUGUGCCAUUCGUUCAUUCAUAUUCUCAUCACUAGUGAAAUUUACUUAGAUUCCAUCUCACUCAUCACAACUAUCAAAGCUUAGCUAAGCUACUAGCUGCUUCUUCUCCUAUAAGUAGGGCGAUCUCACUCUCUCGCAGCAAGCCAAUUAAGCGAAUUAAGCACACAUCAAUUGACCAAACCUAUCUCUCUAUCUCUCUCGAGCUAGCGAGCUCUAGGUGUUCGACACCGAACAAGGCAGCUAGCUAGUGGCGAUGGACGGCGGCCACAGCCCGGACAGGCAUGCGGCGGCGGCGGCGGGGGAGCCGGUGAGGUCGCGGUGGACGCCGAAGCCGGAGCAGAUACUCAUCCUGGAGUCCAUCUUCAACAGCGGCAUGGUGAACCCGCCCAAGGACGAGACCGUCCGCAUCCGCAAGCUGCUCGAGCGCUUCGGCGCCGUCGGCGACGCCAACGUCUUCUACUGGUUCCAGAACCGCCGCUCGCGCUCCCGCCGCCGCCAGCGCCAGCUGCAGGCGCAGGCGCAGGCGGCCGCGGCCGCCGCCUCGUCGGGAUCUCCUCCGACUGCUUCGUCCGGUGGCCUCGCGCCUGGCCACGCCGGCUCGCCGGCUUCGUCGCUCGGGAUGUUCGCGCACGGCGCCGCCGGGUACAGCUCCUCGUCGUCCUCAUCGUGGCCGUCCUCGCCGCCGUCGGUGGGGAUGAUGAUGGGGGACGUGGACUACGGGGGCGGCGGCGACGACCUGUUCGCCAUCUCGAGGCAGAUGGGGUACAUGGACGGCGGCGGCGGCUCGUCGUCGUCGGCGGCCGCCGGUCAGCAUCAGCAGCAGCAGCUCUACUACUCGUGUCAACCUGCGACGAUGACGGUGUUCAUCAACGGAGUGGCGACGGAGGUGCCAAGGGGACCGAUCGAUCUGAGAUCAAUGUUUGGGCAGGACGUGAUGCUGGUGCAUUCAACGGGUGCUCUUCUUCCAGCCAACGAGUACGGCAUCCUCCUCCAUUCUCUCCAGAUGGGCGAGAGCUACUUCCUGGUCACGAGGUCGUCUUGAUCGAGUUGAGCGAUUCGUCGAUUGAUUGAUCGAUGGCAACGUACGUAUUGUGUCAGCAAGAUUUAGGUACCCCUUGUCCGUUGGAUCAGAUCGAUAUGCAAGCAACGCAUGCUUUGCAGGUGCCGGCCGGUUAAUUACGCGAUCGAUCGAGCUAGCAGAUGAUGAAUGCUGCACGUACGCAUGGCAAUUGUCACUGCGACGAGCCUGCAUAUAUAUGAACGAUCCAUUGAUCGUCAUUCUAGCGACCAAGCAGCACGAUAGUACAAGUAUAUACUAUACAAUGCAAUUGCAGCGACGAACUAGUUAAUUAUAAUACAGAUAAUGCAUGUGUACUUCUGUGGCCAUACAUAUAUAUAUAGAGAGAGAGGGGAUUAAUUACUAUAUUCGUUUUUCAUCUAGCUGGUCGAUCUCUGUGUGUACUUGUAUGUAUCCCGUUCUCGAUCUUUAUAUCAGAAUAUUUUAUAUAUGUAUAUUUUACAAUUAUAUA